AUGCGAGUCGGUAUUCAUACCGGACGAGCGCACUGCGGUGUCCUCGGUCUUAAGAAGUGGCAGUUCGACGUUUGGAGCGACGAUGUGACUCUUGCAAAUCACAUGGAAAGCGGUGGAUUGCCAGGAUUGGUAAUGCUUUUUAUCACCCCAGUAGCGAUAUCUGCUGCCAAGAAUUUUGGCACCAUUAUUGCUCGGGCCGAUCAGGAUUUGCAUCAUCUUAGUAGUUAA